UCGGAUUUAAAGGCAUUCCAAGAGGCAGCUUUCCAGCCAGUAGCCGGCAAGAUUGGAAAAGAUCGAAGACUAUCCGCGUCGUACGCUUUCGACACAACUCUAGCACGAUCAUCUAACCAUAGAGACUCGUCCCAGACGAAGAAGGCGCAGGUGCACGUUGCAGCAGUGAAAGUAUCCGAGUGCAGUUGCGAUCUGUCAAUGCCCUCUUGCAUAGUCAGUCGAGGACUAGCGAGGUGCUGUUUAGAUUUCGAGCUCGUUGAACGAGAGUCUCGGGUGUCUGUCCAUUGGUUCCACACCUGACCAACCCGACUUGUCGAUCCGCCAAGUCCUCGAAAGCUUUCCAACAUCGUUCCAACUGUUUCUUCAUCUUCGAGCCCUUAAUCGGAGGAAAGACUAUUCAGGAUUCGAGAUGAUCGCUGCCACUUUGUGCCUUCUCGUGAUUACAUCCGGUGCAACUACCCUCUCCAUCGACUCUAAUCCCGAAUACAUAAAACAAUGUUCGAGAAGCGACCCACAGUUGAAAACAUGCCUCAUUGACGCACUGCACCAUCUGAGACCUUACUUAAGCGUCGGGAUACCGGAAAUCGAGCUGCCUUCCGUCGAGCCAUUUCGCAUGGACGAGCUGACUCUCUCCCUGACAGGUGGCACAAACGGUUACAAGGUUCAACUGCGCGAAUUAUUCGUAAGGGGAGCGAGCAACUAUACGGUGGAGAACAUUAAACUCGGCUCACCCUUCGAAGCCAUUGUACGAAUGCCAGCCCUCAUCUUGGACGCCCAUUAUUCCAGUUCAGGGGUGUUAAUUAUUCUACCAGCCAGUGGCAAUGGAACGUUUCACGCGCGAUUCGACGAUGUGACGGCAGUGGUUAAAGGCACUGUUUCAACGAGAGUGAAGGAUGGAAAAACGUAUCUGAACGUGGAUAAUCUUGACGUUGUCCUCGAUGUGAAGAAAGUUAGGAUGGGUGUCCACAAGAUAUUCAAUAACAAUCGAAUCUUGACCGAGGCAACGAACCUGUUCCUCCGCGAGAACGGGCAAGAGGUGUUAAAGGUGAUGGAACCUCAGCUGAAGAGGAAGUUGUCCGUACUUUUUGCGGGAAUUGUUAAUCAAUUGUUACGCCACGUGCCAGUGGAAGUUUUUCUGCUGCCCUGAAUCGCGUGUUUCUUCUUCUUCUUCUUCUCUUUUUUUUUUUUUUUUUUCUCUCUUAUUAGAAAUAAGUGAAGAAACAGAUAGUUCAAGUUAGUAUAUACAUAGAAUUAGGAAAUUAAUAACUUGGGUUAGAACAAGAUUAUAAGGUACAAACAAUAUCGUCACGAUAUUUCAAUUUGUAAUUAAUUAAUCGAAUUUAUUGUAUAAAGUACAUGAAAAAUAUAUAUGUAUAUAUAUUUA